UUUCAAUUUUGAUAACAACCAGUAAUCAUCCAACCACCGAGAGACACUGAUGAUUACAUUCAAAUAAAACAGUUUGCAUUGAAAUUAAAAGCCCGUAAACAAUUAAUAAAAAAUUAUAAAUAAUCCUAGAACAAUGAUGGCGGCAACUGGUGGACCCUCAACAACAAUUCAAGAUCUACCAGACGAAUGCUUACGAAAAAUUCUCUUACAAAUUCCGAUAACUCACAGAAUUAAUUUUCGAAAUGUGUGCCAAAAAUGGCGUGAGGUAAUCGACGACAGUUGGAGUGCAGUGAAGAAAAUAGAAUGCCACGGUCGUUGGAGUAAGCCGUAUGAGAUUCAAGAUCUUGAUGGUGUUUUAAAUAUUUCCACGAUAAAGGAAAAAAUUCUGGAAGGUGUGACAAGCCGUUGUGGCGAUUGUCUAAUAACUCUCACCGAGACCCAUCACGACGAUGAUCUCACAAUCUUAUCAUUUGCCGCCAAAUACUGCACAAACAUCAGAGAAGCAACUCUUCUAAUUUCAUCAGAAGCUGAUGACGAGCACGUGAAUGAAUUAUUAGCUGCCAACCAGCGGCUUCGAGUAUUGAAACUGCACAUUAAAUUCAAACGAACCAGAAUUUGUCUACGAUCAAUCGGUACAAAAUCCUUGGAGGCAUUGAGCAUUCAAUCCUGCGGACGGAGAACAUUAUCAUCACACGUCUUGACUAAUCUGAAACAAAUAGUCCGUAUAUCUGAUUCUCUGAAGCUUUUUGCCUCUUAUUUCAUUGAUGAGGCAUUGCUGGAACUUCUUGGUAAAAAAAUCAUGUUGGAGUGGCUCAUGGUCACGUACUAUGGAAAUACUUUGAAAGCAGAUACACUUCAUUCUAUUUUAAAUCUUAAAUAUUUACGAGAACUGGCUAUCUCUCUUCAACAACGGAAUCGAUACAACAAACGCAAAAUUUGGUUACUCACCUUAUCAGAGACUGCUGAUUUUAUCCUAGCUUUGGUGGAGAAUCUUAAAGGACUCGUGACAUUGUGCCUCGAUGCUUUUUACAAUGUGACGGAUGAUGGAUUCAUGGCUCUCUCAUCGUUACCGAAGCUCAGGAACUUGAGUGUGGCUGAGGCAGAAGGAGUUACAGAUAAAUUUUUGUAUCUCUUCUCUCACCUCGAUGUGCUGUGCGUGGCUGGAUGCAGCCUCUUUGAUGAUGGCGUUGUUGAAUUACUCCAGAGAUCAACAACAAUGCGAGUGCUCAACAUCUCCGGAACUCCCAUCACCGACAAAACUCUCGUUGCCGCUGUGAGAGAAACCAAAAAACGUCGCAAUGGAAUUCGUUUGACUCUUCGUGCUCUUCGCACUAAACUUUCCCCUUUACGAGUCAUUCAAGAUUCACCUUUUUUGCAUCUUGAAUGGUAAUUGAUUUUCUAUUUAAAUGUCAGUCAAUAGAUGUGGCUUUCAUUUAUAAUUAUAUUUUAUAUAACGACCAGACAGAAUAUAUUUUAAAAUCUGAUUUUUCAUCGUCAGAUGUAAUCACUUGGAAUUAAUGCAAAUACAGAAAGUGUCUCAUAUAA